AUGUCUGGAAACCUCACAAGCACCAAUAAUAUCGGCAGCACACCGAGUCAACGUCACUACAUAUCCGCAGAUCAAGCAACCGCCAUAGUAGCAGCAGCCGCACAAGCCGCAGCCUCCAUAGUACCUCAAAACAUCGCCGUCGUCGACCCCAGCGGCCUCCUCGUAGCAUUCGUUCGCAUGGAUAAUGCAUACCCUGGCAGCAUUGACAUAAGCAUGAAAAAGGCCAGGACCAGUGUUUUGUUCAAUGGUAUCCCCAGUGCUGCUUUGUAUAAUCAGAGUCUACCCGGAGAAGCGCUGUAUGGGAUUCAAGAGACUAAUGGUGGAUUGGUGAUCUUUGGGGGAGGCUUGCCGCUUCUGAAAGACAAUUAUUUGUUGGGUGCUAUUGGGGUUAGUGGAGGCACGGUGGCUCAGGAUAUUGAGGUUGCGCAGGCUGGUGUGGAUUGGUUGACCAAUUCUUAG